AUGUCCGACUUUUCCGACGAGGAUUUUCUGGACGAGUCAUUCUCCGACAUUGAAGUCGUGCCUAAGAAAAAAUCAAACCAGUCUGGGGCAUCAGCUCAGUACCAGAAAUUGUCUCAGCUCGAACAUAUCUUGAAACGUCCUGAUACGUAUAUUGGGUCUGUGGAGAAGAAUGAUGUUGAGAUCUGGCACUUUGACGCGGAAACGGAGACCAUGAAGUUCUCCAAAGUGACCUUUGUCCCUGGUCUCUACAAGAUCUUCGAUGAAAUCUUGGUUAACGCCGCCGAUAACAAGAUCAGAGAUCCGAAAAUGAAGAACAUCAAGGUUGAUAUCGACCCUGAAAAUAACAAGAUCUCCGUCAUGAACGACGGUAAGGGUAUCCCUGUUGAGGUCCACGACAAGGAGAAGAUGUACAUUCCAGAGAUGAUCUUUGGUAACUUGCUUACGUCAUCCAACUACGACGACGACCAGAAGAAGGUGGUGGGUGGUAGAAACGGUUUCGGUGCUAAGCUUUGUAAUAUCUUCUCCACCGAGUUCACCGUGGAGACAUCGGAUCAAAACACAAAGCUUGUGUAUGAGCAGACGUGGACCAACAAUAUGUCCAAGGUGUCCAAACCUAGAAUCACGAAAGCCAAAAACAAGAAGGAAUACACCAAGGUUACGUUUAGACCUGACUUGUCCAAGUUCAAUAUGGACUCUCUUGAUAGCGACAUCCUUUCAGUGCUUCGCAGACGUGUCUACGAUUUGUGUGGUACCGUGAAGGACUGUAACGUCUAUUUAAAUGAGAAGAAGCUCAGUAUCCGUAACUUCAAAAACUAUGUGGAGAUGUACGUCAAGGCAAUCCAGGAGCGCUCUCCAGACUUGGCCAUUGAAACCGAGGCAAACAACCGCACAACCAUAGUCCACGAAGUUAUCAAUGACAGAUGGGAAUUGGCGUUCGCUGUCAGUGAUGGUAACUUCAACCAGGUCAGUUUUGUCAACUCCAUCGCUACUACAGCAGGCGGAACACAUGUAAAAUACGUCUCCGAUCAAAUCAUCAACAAGCUUAUGGAUGAGCUCAACAAAGGUAAGAAGGGUAAAAAAGCCAUGAUCAAGCCACAACAAAUCAAAAGUCACAUUUUCAUCUUCAUCAACUGUUUGAUCGAGAACCCAGCAUUUACGUCUCAGACUAAGGAGCAGCUUACCACAAGGCCAUCUGAAUUCGCAUCCAAGGCCAAGGAUAAAAUCGUCAUCAGUGACCAGUUUAUCAAGAAGCUCUCCAAGACAAGCAUCAUCGAGGCUAUCCAGACCAUCGUGGAUGCCAACGAGGGCAAGGCCUUGCAAAAGGAUGACGGUAAGAGGAGAACGCGUAUUAAAGGGCAGGCAAAGCUUGUGGAUGCCAAUAAAGCCGGUACAAAGGAAGGCUACAAGUGUACUCUUAUUUUGACUGAGGGUGAUUCUGCCAAGUCUUUGGCCGUUGCCGGUCUAUCAGUCGUUGGAAGAGAUUACUAUGGCUGUUUCCCUCUCCGUGGUAAAUUGUUGAACGUGAGAGACGCCUCUACCGAAAUGAUCGCUAAGAAUGCUGAAAUUACUGCUUUAAAACAAAUUAUCGGGUUGCAACACAGGAAAGCCUACAAUCGUGAUAAUAUCAAAGAUUUGAGAUACGGCCACGUUAUGAUCAUGACAGAUCAGGAUCAUGAUGGUUCGCAUAUCAAGGGUUUGCUUAUCAACUUCUUUGAAACCAGUUUCCCAGGUUUGCUUAACAUCGAUGAGUUCCUUCUUGAAUUCAUUACUCCAAUUGUUAAAGUAUCCAUCAAGAGCAGAGGUAGAGCUGGAGACACAAAGAUUCCCUUCUACUCGAUGCCAGAGUUUGAGCAAUGGAGAGAAACGGAGGGUAAGAACUGUCGCUGGACUCACAAAUACUACAAGGGUUUGGGUACCUCCACAACGACAGAGGCCAGGGAGUACUUCUCGAAGUUGGAUAAGCACUUGAAGUAUUUCCAUGCCCUUCAAGAUGAUGAUUCGAGUUUGAUUGAUUUGGCUUUCUCAAAAAAGAAAGCUGAUGACCGUAAGGAAUGGUUACAGGGUUUCCAGCCUGGUACAUACCUUGACUCUGACUUGUCUGUUAUCCCUAUUAGUGAUUUCAUCAACAGAGAAUUGAUUUUGUUCUCCAUGGCAGACAACAUCAGAUCCAUUCCCUCGGUAUUGGAUGGUUUCAAACCAGGUCAGCGUAAAGUUAUGUUCGGUUGCUUCAAGAGAAAUUUGAAGAACGAGAUGAAGGUUGUGAACUUGGCCGGUUAUAUCAGUGACAAGACAGGCUAUCAUCACGGUGAUCAGUCUUUGGUCCAGACCAUUAUUGGUUUGGCGCAGAACUUCAUUGGCUCAAAUAACUUGAAUCUUCUUAAACCAAACGGUGGUUUUGGUACCAGAGCUGCCGGCGGUAAAGAUUUUUCUGCUGCAAGAUAUAUCUUCACUGAGUUGACGGAAAUUACCAGAAAAAUCUUUAACCCAUUGGAUGAUCCAUUAUAUACAUACGUGCAAGAUGAUGCCCAAACUGUGGAGCCUGAGUGGUACUUGCCGGUUAUUCCAAUGGUUUUGGUGAAUGGUGCUGAUGGUAUUGGUACUGGUUGGUCUACCAACGUCCCUUCCUUCAAUCCUCUUGAUAUCGUUGCCAACAUCAAGAGACUUAUGGAUGGUGAAGAGAUUCAGGAAAUGCUCCCAUGGUAUAAAGGAUGGGAAGGUGACGUGCACAAGAUUGGUGAAGGUAAGUUCAAACUCACUGGUCGUAUCGAGCAAAUUGACGAGAAGACCUUGGAAAUCACAGAAAUUCCAGUGAAGUCAUGGACAAACAACGUGAAGGAGUUCUUGUUGGAUGCUGUCAACUCGGAUAAACCCUGGAUCAAGGAUAUGGAGGAGCAGCAUGCUGCCGGUAUCCGUUUCGUGAUCAAAUUGACCCCAGCUGAGAUGGAAAAAUCCCACCAGAUUGGAUUGCUCGAAAGAUUCAAGUUGAUCUCGACUGUUUCCACUGGUAACAUGGUCGCUUUUGACCCAGCUGGUAGAAUCAAGAAAUACGAGAGCGCCAGCGAAAUCUUGCGUGACUUCUACUUCGUCCGUUUGGAAUACUAUCAGAAGCGUAAGGAUCACUUAUCCGAGGACUUGCUGAACCAGUUGGUCAGAUUGAGUGAGCAAGCACGUUUCAUUAAAUUGAUCAUCGACAAGGAGUUGACUGUGUCGAACAAGAAGAGAAGUAUCUUGGUGGAAAGCUUGAUGGAAUUCAACUUUGCCAGGUUUGAUAAGCAAGGUAAGAGAGUUAAUGUCGAGCAAAGAAGCGACUUGUUUGUUGAAGCCGAGGAAGCCUUGCAGGAAGAAGAGGAGGAAGUUGGUGACGUCAGUCUCUUGAACUCCAGAGGUAUCAACGACUUGGAGGAAGAAGACGAAAGUGAGCACAAGCCAGAGAACAUCUACACUCAAUAUGACUAUUUGCUUGGAAUGUCGCUCUGGUCUUUGACUAGAGAGAGAUACGAAAAGUUGUUGAACCAGCGUGACGAAAAGGAGAGCGAGCUCAACACGCUUUUGGGCAAGAGCGCCAAGGACUUGUGGAACGAGGACCUUGAAGUAUUCGUCACUGCCUGGGAGAAGUUCUUGGACGAAGACGAAAAGGAGAGGAAUAGCUUGAUUGCGGGCAAGGGCACCAAAGCCACCAAGAGAAGGCGGAAGGCUGUGAAGGACGAAGAUGAGGACUACGGAGCUCCGAAGAAGAAGACCAAAAAGGCUGUGCCUAAGCUGAACAGUAGCACUCCCAAGCCAACUGUGAAGAAAGAGGCCACUGAAGGAGUCAGCAAGCCCAAGAAGACCCAGGGCCAGCUUCCAUUCGGCAAGAAGGAACUGCCCCAGGAGCUGCCUAAAGAGGCACCCGAAGAUAAUCUUCUUACCUUCUUCAGCAAGCCGAAGGCCUCGAAAAAGAAGCCUGAGUCCAAGGGAAGCAGAAGCCUGAUGUUUGGCGACAGUUCGGACGAUGACCUCAUCGAGCAAGUGAGCCAGACUAUCGAUGGGGACGAAGACUCGUCUUCCAGCAAAUCCGCUCAUGCGGUCUCGACGCCAGAGCCUCAAGCUGUAUCGGCGAAACCAAAGAGCAAAUCAAAGGCCAAACAGACCGUGGAUGAUGAGCUCGAUGACUUGAUGAUUGUCGGGGAAAACUCUCCGCCAAGAAAGAGGAGAACGCCGGUGAGCUACCAAAUAGAAGAGUUGAGCGAGUCGGAGGCAGAAGCUUCGUCGGAAGAUUACACUGACGAUGAGUAA